UACAGGACCCUCUAAAACUAAAUGGCGACCACUAAUACGAAGUCGGUGUUGUUCGUUUGCCUGGGGAAUAUUUGCAGAUCCCCCAUUGCUGAAGCUGUCUUCAGGAAGAUGGCAACAGAUGCAGGCGUUGUUGAUAAGUGGAGGAUAGACAGUGCCGCCACCUCCACCUAUGAGAUAGGAAACCCUCCAGACCACCGCGGUCAAGCCUGCAUGAAGAGCCAUGGCGUGCCCAUGAGGCAUGUGGCCAGGCAGGUGACCAAGGAGGAUUUCAUGAGCUUUGAGUACAUUCUCUGCAUGGAUGAGAGCAAUUUGAGCGAAUUGAACAGGAGAGCAAAGUUGGUGAAAACCUACACAGCAAAGAUUGAGCUUCUUGGUUCAUACGACCCUCAGAAGCAGCACAUCAUCAAAGACCCGUAUUACGGAAGUGACGCAGACUUUGAGAAGGUGUACGAGCAGUGCGAACGCUGCUGCAAAGCGUUUCUCGAGGUGAACUCCUAACAACAUCCGACCUUAAGCCAUCUGCACUAAAUCUGUUGGAGAGAGCGAGAAGAAUCAACCAAGUAUGCUUGAUCCGUACCACACAAUGAUCAGUAAGAAAGAACCAGAACAUUCUGUCUCAGUGUUGUAAAUGUCAUACAAACCAUAUGUGGUGUAUGUUUAAGAACAUGCUGAAUGGACAAGAUUGUCUACUGUAAAUUCAGGAAAUUUAAUAAAAUAGAUAAAUGA